UACACUGACUGAAAUGCCGCCCCGAUAUAUUUACGUUCAUGUUAAGCGAACAGAGACAGAAAAUUCCUCUCUUUUCAUCAGAUUACAAAGCGAUUGAUCAGCUGAGAAUUCUCCCUCCAGUUUAAAGAUGGAAGCAGCGAAUGUCAUGGAUUCGGAAGCUGUUCAAAAGCCUAAAGUCAUCUACCGCUGUAAAAAGUGCAGAAGAAUCGUUGCUUCAGAGGAAAGCAUAGUUCCUCACGAACGCGGAAAGGGCGAGCAAUGUUUCAAAUGGAGAAAGAGAAGCGGGGAGAAGGAACCGACCCAAUGUUCCUCCGUAUUUGUGGAGCCCUUGAAGUGGAUGCAACCAGUGCAAGAAGGGUAUGUGGAAGAGAAACUUCAGUGCAUGGGCUGCAAAGCUCGAUUGGGUUCCUUCAAUUGGGCUGGUAUGCAAUGCAAUUGUGGAGCUUGGGUUAAUCCUGCUUUUCAGUUGCAUAAAAACCGGUUGGAUGAGUGCCAUAUGUGACCUGUCCCAGCCUUACUGUUGCUUUAUAGGAGAGUAAGAAGAAGUUCCAGUGGUUAUCUUGUAAAGUCGAUUAGUGGGUUGAUACUCAGAGAUUAACAUUUGUAGAUGAUUUUUAAGAUUUUUUAGUUAGCCUUGAUGAAUUGAUGGUUAUUUUUAUGAAAUUACUGCCGUUUUCUUUUCGUCA